AUGGCUCACCUUGUCCCAUUGCACCUCCAGAACCUCCACGCCGCUAGCAAAGCCGAAGUAGACUCGCUCGUCCCAAGGCGGCACGGCAAGUUCGACGCAAAAUAUGUGUUGAACCGGUAUAAACGAACGGCCAAGACAGUCGCAGAAGAGCCAAAUAUCCCAGACCCCAAGCUCUUCGCAUCCCUGUAUGUCUCGCCGACACAUUCAACCGCGUUUGAGUCGGACCUCCCGACCGUGAGCGAAUGCGCUGUCCACCUUGAACUCCUCGAGGUUUUCUACAAGUUACGCCAAGACGUCAUCCAAUCUAGGGCACUCGAUGCGACAUUCGGCGUUGUGGAAGAGAAAAAGACUGUAUUCCGCAAGACGUAUGACCAGCCAAAGAGGCGGUAUCUCUACAAGCCAGUGCAGCUCAGAGACGAAACAUUCCCAUCUAGGAGGCGGAACAAGUGGUUGUACUUUCUCGCAAUUUCCGUGGGCCGGUUCAAGGUUUGGGCGAGAAGGAUCGACGCCUUUUUAGCGGCACCAAGAGGGCACAGGCCAGAAGAAUCGACGACGUUCAAGGACGGAAGAGAAUGGUCGAAGCUGCCCUUCUUGCCUCCUAUCGAUGUGCUUAUGGUCUGGCACGCCUUCCUGCUGAAUCCGCACGACUAUGACAGAUCCCAAAGUCGAUAUUGCCUUAGCAAGCUCCGUCGACUCCCCUUCCCAUGGCAAGCUGUUCACGACGCGAUAAGCUCCCGAGACUGGACGUACACCUUGCCUUCGGCCUCAGAGGAAUGGACCAGAACGCACGCUGGCCUCGAGCCCGAUCUCUUCCGCUACCUCGAGUCCAUCAGUGGCGGAGCGAGCUCUAGCGCUAGUAACAACCGGGUCUUGACCACCCUCGCCCGCUAUGGGCAGCGCUAUCUCUUGCCCCGCGACAGCGCCUUCCUCAGUGUCCUCCAACAGACCGAGGCAGAGAAACAUGUGGAUCGGCCGCUAGCCGACAACGUGCAGCGGCAGGCUGCCUUCGUCGACAAGAUGCACUUGCAGCUGUGGAUCCGCAGCCCUGCUGUGGGCGGCACGCUGCGCCGCGCCGUCGACCGCUACACCAAGUUCCUGCGCCUGUUUGCGCUAUACCCUGGCAAGACGCUUGUGCCAACGCUUGACAUCGACCUUGUGUGGCACACGCACCAGUGCUCUGCGCAGGCCUACGCUGAGUCGGUCCAGGAGCGGACGGGCGUCUUCAUUAACCACGACGACAAGCUAGGCCCAAGGGUGCUGCACAGCGGAAUGGAGGAGACCAAGGAGCUAUUCUUUGUACACUUCGGCGAAGAGUAUGAGCGGUGUCUGUGCUGGGACUGUGAGGCGUCCUUCUCUGCUAUUGAGGAGGUGGACAAUGAGGACAGGGAUGGCGAGGAAUUUGAAGUAGGUGCUUUGGUUAAGAAAGUGAGGAAAGAGGUAGAGUAUUACCGCUGUGUGGAGAUAUGUAGGCGGAACGGCAAACCUUUGCCAUUGCUGCUAGCCUAG